GAAAGGAUAUGAUAUUGCUUAUAUUAUGUUAUAUGUUGAUAUCAUUCUCACAGCAUCUUAUGAUCGUCUAAAUAGUAUGAAUGCUUCUAUUAUUGAUAGGGCUGGCAUGUCUAUUGUAGCUCUUUUUAACAGACUUGUCUCUUAUACCAAUGCGGAUUGGGGGAUUCCCCAAUACCAGGCAAUCUACUUCAGAAAUUUAUUACUUGAGCUUUAUUUUCCUAUUCAGAAAGCAACUCUCGUUUAUUAUGACAAUGUGAGUGCCAUCUACCUCUCUGGGAAUCCUGUGCAACAUCAACGCACAAAACACAUUGAGAUGGACAUUCAUUUUGUUCAUGAGAAAGCCGCUAAGGGCGACGAGGUAUUUUCUUCAUGCUUUCAGAAUGUUUGUUUCUUGUUAUCUGGAGCUACAGAAUGCCAAGAUACAUCAAUAGCUCAUACUAUCACCGUUUCACAAUCAGGUGGCGCAAAUUUCACGACCCUUACAGAUGCCUUUAAUUCUAUUCCUUCCGGCAAUAAUAAAUGGAUCAAAAUAUUGCUUAAUCCCGGAAUUUAUAAGGAGCAGAUAAUAGUUCAACAAGAUAAAGGAGGGUGUAUAAUUCUUGAAGGUAGCGAUCUUACUUCAACAAUAAUAACCUAUGAUAAUCAUUCUUCAACACUAGAAAGCGUUACUCUUGCUUUGUACAUCGACAAUUUUGUAGCUAGGAAUGUCACCUUUAAGAACUCUUUUAGAAUUGGAGCACUAUUAGAUGAUACGCAGCGAACUCAAGCCGUUGCCCUCAGAUCUUAUGGUGACAAGCAUGCAUUUUAUUCUUGUGGAUUUGUGGGAUAUCAAGAUACACUUUGGGAUGAUCAUGGUAGACAUUAUUUCAAAUCAUGUUAUAUUGAAGGGGCUGUUGAUUUUAUAUUUGGAAAUGGUCAAUCUGUAUAUGAGCAAUGCACCAUAAAUGUCACGGGAGGAGGUUACAUUACUGCACAAAGUCGACCAUCGGCAAAUGAUACUAGUGGUUAUGUGUUUAGAAAUUGUGAUAUUUCGGGAACAGGGCAUGCUGAGUUAGGACGAGUAUAUGGUGCCUUUGCAAGAGUUAUUUUCAUCGACUCAAAAUUCAGUAAAGUUGUUGAUCCCGAGGGAUGGUUCAUUUGGAAUCAAAGUGGACAUGAAAACGAUGUGACAUUUGCAGAAGUUAAUUGCACUGGUCCAGGAGCUGAUACAUCAAAACGUGUUUCAUGGGAAAAGAAGUUAGAUUCUUAUGCAAUUAGGCAAUAUGAUACGCAGACUUUUAUCAACCAAAAUGGGUGGAUUGCUAAACAACCUUUAUAA